CGCUUACUCUCUAUUCCGUACGAAUCCUUUUACCCUCACACAUCAAGAAAGAUCCACACGUCCGAGUGUAUGUACAAACGUUGUUGUCAGUAUUGUCAUGUCGUCGAAUCCUUCGUGGCAGGAAUUGUGGUGGAGGGAACAGGAACGUUGGUGGCAAGCGGAGGAAGCCUGGUGGCAUCGCGUGCAACAGCGUUUACUCCACGAUACGAGGAACCCAACUAACGCAGGGUCACGGAGACAGCCUACGUCUAGAGACGGUUCCCAAUCAAGGAACGACGAAGCAUUGACCAAUACGACGAUGACGACGAGACGUGUCUGGAUACUACCGCUGCUACAGACCAUUGUCUGGGGUGCUUCGGCGGGAAUCUCCUAUUAUUGUCUAGUUCGGUACCAUCGUGCGAAGGGUGCGUCUCGUUCCAAGAAUACGGUCUGGGACAAGAGUUCUCUAUCCGAGAUUUUGCAACAAGUACGAGCGCGAGGAGUAGACACGCUCCGAUGCGUCCAGGACCGUUGGGAGCAGCUCUACCAACACUCGCAAUUUCGGCUGCAGUGUACGACAUGGCUGCGUCUCCUACGUGUACGGGUCUUGUCGUGGAGGAAUGUGCCCGUUUGGUUUUUUCUAGGUCCCUUGCCAAUGACGAUACUCGCCGCCGGGUGUGCUUCGAACAACACCCAUUGCUGUACGGUAAACGCAUCAUCUGUACUCUGGUGGGGUGGGGUCCUUUGGGGUUUGUUGGGAUGGGCCGAAUACGACUCGUCGGACCAUGGGAACGACGAUGACGAUGACAACGACAACAACAACGAUCGCUUCCAAUAUACAUCCACGACUGGUAAACGACGUGUACGGCGUGGCCGACCGAAGUCUGCGGAAGAGGAGACUCAAUGGAAACGAGCCGUGCCGCAGGAACCACAACCCUCAAGGAUGCAACGCUUGUGGACCCAACCGAACACGGUGAUACAUUCGUCGUCGGCGAGUAGUCUGGGUUCGACUUCGGCCCACACCCACACCCACACAACGCCACGGUACCUGGAAAUCCUGGUGCACAAUGUAUCCCACACGGAUUUGGUGCUCAGUUUGAGUGCGGACACCGAGACGAUGGAACCAAGGAAUAGCCAUAACAAAGACGCCAGUACCGAUACGAACUCCGACGAGUAUUGCGUUGGUCGUCCCCGCUUUUCCUGCUUUGACAAGUACACACAGCUGGUUCUUGAUAUUCUGGAUACUUCGUCAUCCACAACUGCGUCUUUGACUCGGGAGAACAUAGUUUCCUUUCCGCGCUACGAACGGUCUAUUGAAGACCCACGCUUCUCCAUCAAGCAGGAGCCGACCAACGGAACAUUGCCGACCGGAUUCGCCUUACCAACAGACCCUCACUUGACGGUGGAUCUCGACGAAGUCCGCAUUCGGGGUAUCGAUCAAUGUAAGGUGACACACACGGACGGAGGACCCGGGUCGUGUAGCAACGCUCCACGGCAUCAGAUUCGUCACGUCUUCUUUCCUCUGUUAGCGACACUGUUGCCGCGGUGGCGGGAACGUAUUGCCGAAACGCGACAGUCACCGCCUAGCCAGCCGCAUCAGUCCUCAAUGAACAACGACAAGGAUAUCAAACGUGUCUUGAUCCUGGUGACGGGCGUCGGGACACCGCGAAAUUGGACUCAUUCGGUCAACGGGAAUUCGACACAAGUUUGCGCGACUCUCAUGAAACGAUUCCUUCGAGUAAUUGAUCCAGACCUAGUGGUGGUGACGAUACACUCCGAUACCAAUAUCUUUCGGUACGACGAGAACUUACUGUUCGUCGAACGCGAUCUCAUGCCCGUGCUGAACAGUUAUCGUGAUGCCCACGCACAAGGACAGCCGUAUCCGGAUGAAACACCAGAGUUGGUUACCAAGGCCGGCGUCGAGACUGACCUUUCCUUUAACGUUGAUUGGCGCAAAACUAUGGCUGUCAAGCUGUCGUUCGCGGACGGUACACCGGCCCGGACGUAUGCCAUUCAAGCCUCGCUACGAUCCUUCCGUCCCACUUACUUUCAUUUUUGGCAAUUAAAAACAUUCUGGCACGAGUCCAAGAUUGUGGAUGACGAUAUUGAAGAAUACAGUUUCGAGGCCAUGGAAACUUCACCUGCUGUCGACACUACCAAGGUCACGGAUCCCUACCGCCAUCUCGUUAUUGACGAAAUGAAAGCCUUCCAGGCCGAAAUGAUUAAAACCCUUCAAGGCCAGAAUGACAUACACCGUUUCUGGUUGCGUAAGACGCACAAACCUGUCUUGGCCGUCCUCUUGGUCGAGCAAGAAGGCCAACCAAUCUUAUAUCGUGGCACCAAUAUGGAAGUGUCCAUGCCAACUGGAUCGCUUUGCGCCGAACGCAACGUUAUCGGUACCGCAUUAGCUGCCAAUCCCAGCUUGCGCCGUCAAGACUUGAAGAUGAUUGCCGUCUUGGCUGUGCCCUGGCAAGAAAAAUUAACAGACAUGGGCAGCGCUGGUACGCUUCGCUCGUCUGAGGAACCAUUCCCGGCGUUGGCUUCAUCCUCGGCCAGCUUAACAAGUAUCAUGUGUACCACCACGCUAGAAAGUGGAGAAGGCCGUAAAACGUCGAUCGGCUCGGAACACGAAGAAUGGAUUCUGUCGUCCGCGCCGGCUGGUGGCGAAGAUGGCUCUACCGGCGCCACCACGAACAAGACCAGACUGCCACCCGCCAAGUCCGAAUUGGGAAAUUCGUUUGAUCUAGUUGACUCAGGUGUGCCUUCGUCCAGCUCGGGCGUGGCCUCUACAGCACCAGACCGCCAACCGAACGACGAUAUCCCAAGCACACCCGUCCGCCGGAUUGCCCUGUUUUCCCGCAGUGGUACUGUGGCACGGAAGUCGCAACAAGCCGUCGUGCUCGUACAGUCAACGCGAGAUUUGAAUCCACUCCCUCCUUGUGGCGCCUGCAACGAGUGGCUGAAGAAGAUUGCCGAAUGCAAUCCUUAUUUUUGCGUCUUGACCUUUACCGACGCCGAGUGUCAUGGUGUCUAUUGUACGCCCUGUCAAGAAUAAUCCAGCAGUUAGCGACGGGCGUGCGGGCAAACUUGUAUUUGUAUGAUAUGAGG